GAUGGACGCGCUCCCGCCACACACGCUGGUGCGGGCGAGACUGAGCGGGAGCAGCAGAGCAUGGCGCAUGCGACGCAGCCGCUUCCGCUCCGCGUCGGGGCGGCUACAUCUUCUCAGCCUGCACGCCUGCACCAUCCAACCCAUCCCAUCAUCCGUGCGCGGGAGGGCGGAGGCCGGAGGAGAACGAGUACGCUCGUAGCGGCGUCGGCGGCGAAGGGGAGGGCGGCGGAGGUGGUGCGCGAGUUCUACGAGGGCGUGAACCGGCGCGACCUGGCGGCGGUGGCGCCGCUGAUCGCGGAGGGGUGCGUGUACGAGGACCUGGUGUUCCCGCGGCCCAUGGUGGGGCGGGACCGGGUGCUGGGCUUCUUCGGCGACUUCAUGGGCUCCAUCAGCCCCGACCUCCGCUUCGUCAUCGACGACAUCUCCGGCGACGACCCCUCCGCCGUCGGCGUCACCUGGCACCUCGAGUGGAAGGGGCGGCCGUUCCCGUUCAGCCGGGGCUGCAGCUUCUACCGCUGCCAGCCCGACCCGCAGCGGCAGGAGCAGAUUCAGAUCGUGUAUGGCCGGGACUGCGUGGAGCCGGCGACAAAACCCGGCGAGUUGGCGCUGGUGGCCAUCAGGGGAGUGACGUGGUUGCUCGAGCGCUUUCCGAGCCUCGCCGACAGGCUCUGACAGACACCGUUACAUCAUCCUCACGAGCUUGCAAUGGAUCCAUGGACUGCACCUCGUCGUGCUUGCGUCUUCGGUUCAGAAAAACAAUUGUAUGCGUGUGUUGAAUUUUCCUUGUAUAAAUAACCUGCAGAGUUUCCAGUGUUA